GAUAAGUUAGAGUCUAAAAAUGGAACGGGAAAUUUACGCACAACUAAAACCAAAAUAAGAAAAACUAAUAACUUAAAACCUGCAUAUACGAUGCUGUUAACUAUACUUUCUGACCUUCAACACGACUAUCUGUAAUACUAGUGACCAGCUACAGUGUCUAGUUAUACAAGUAUGAAUGGCCAUAAUGAAGAUGGUAAUGUAAGCAUUGACUAUUCAAUGGCCAAUUCCGAUAUCCAACUACGAAAUAAACAAGAUGGAUCAUGGCUUCAUCAGGAAAAAGUCAGUGAAGUGAAAAGAUUCGAAGACUUUCGAACUAUUGAUUGGGUUGAAGAUGAAAUGGAUGAACAUAGGCGACGUCUUCUUAAACUUAAGAAUGUUAAUAGUGUGUCUACAUCAUUACGAGAGCGAGUGGUUUCUUCGUGUUUGAAUUGGGUUAUGUUAACUCUUAUGGGAGUAUUUAUUGGAUUAAUUGCUGCAUCAUUAAAUAUUAUUACAGCUUGGUUAGCUAGUCUAAGAAUGGGACAUUGUUCAGGACAUUUUUAUCUUAAUAAAUCAUUUUGUUGUUGGGGAGAAGAUGAACAGUCAUGUCUGAAUUGGGUUCCAUGGUCAAACCAUUUCCCAUUAAGUUAUUUGGCUUAUGUAUUAAUAUCAUUAUUAUUUUCAUUUACAGCAUCAAUUCUUGUUAAAUAUUUUGCCCCUUCAGCUGCUGGAUCAGGAAUUUCAGAAAUUAAAAGUAUUGUUUCAGGAUUUGCAAUGGAUGGAUUUCUUGGUUGGUGGACAUUAUUUAUUAAAAGUACUUGUCUUCCAUUAGCAAUUGCAUCUGGAUUAAGUGUUGGUAAAGAAGGUCCUAGUGUACAUUAUGCUGUAUGUGUAGGUAAUUCAGUUGCAAAAUUAGUUAGUAGAUAUCGUAGAAGUGCGGCAAGAGCUCGAGAGUUUUUAACUGCUACAUCUGCUGCAGGGGUUGCUGUUGCAUUUGGUUCUCCUAUGGGUGGUGUAUUAUUUUCAAUUGAAGAAAUAUCUUCAGUAUUUCAAUUAUCAACUAUUUGGAAAUCUUAUUUUUGUUCUUUAGUAGCAGUUGCCACUCUUGCGGCUAUAAAUCCAUUUCAUACAGGUCAAUUAGUAUUAUUUGAAGUAUCUUAUGAUACAGAUUGGCAUUAUUUUGAAAUUCCAUUUUAUAUCAUACUUGGAGUAUUUGGAGGAAUUUAUGGUAUAAUUGUAUCUAAAUUAAAUAUUCGAGUGGUUUCAUUUCGAAAGAAAUAUUUAGGUAAUUAUGCAGUACGAGAAGUAUUUAUACUUGCAUUAUUAACAGCAUGUUUUAGUUACUUUAAUGAAUUCUUAAGAUUAGAUAUGACAGAAUCUAUGGAAAUUCUCUUUCAUGAAUGUGAUUCUAAAUUUGAUCAUAGAUUAUGUGAUAUUGAUAGUAAUAAGAUUCCAUUAAUUACUUCAUUAUUAUUUGCAACUAUUGCAAGAAUGGGAUUAACUAUUAUAACUUAUGGUUGUAAAGUUCCAGCAGGAAUAUUUGUACCAUCUAUGGCAGCAGGUGCAACAUUUGGUAGAGCUCUUGGAUUAAUUGUUGAUCAUUUUUAUCAACUGCAUAAAGAUUCUAGUCUUUUUAUGACAUGUACUGAAGGUUCAAAAUGUAUUAUUCCUGGAACUUAUGCAUUUUUAGGAGCAGCAGCAGGACUUUGUGGAAUUACUGAUCUUACAGUAACUGUGGUAAUAAUUAUGUUUGAAUUAACUGGUGCAUUAAGAUAUAUUGUUCCUACUAUGAUAGUUGUAGCAAUUACAAAAAGUAUUAGUGAUAAAUGGGGAAAGGGAGGUAUAGCUGAUCAAAUGAUUACUUUCAAUGGUUUACCAUUAAUUGAUUCAAAGGAAGAAUUUUCCUUUGGAACAAAUGUUGAAGCUGCUAUGUGUAGUGCUACAGUAUGUUUCCCAGCUGAUCCUGAUUCUGCUAUUACUUUAAAACAAUUACGUACUACAUUGCGUGCAUCAGAUUAUAAGGGAUUCCCCAUUAUUGAAUCUCCUCCAUCUCCUAAAAUUGUAGGAUUUGUAUCUCGAUCAGAUAUUGAAUAUAUACUUGAGAAAUUUGGAAAUACUCUGGAAUCUACUGAUGAAUAUGUGUGUUUAUUCAGUAAUGAUCGAGGUGCUAUACCUGAAGAAGCCAUUGAUUUCAGUCUGAUAUUGAAUAAGUCACCUUUAACGGUUAAUAUCACUACUUCACUUGAAUAUAUAGUCGAAGUAUUUUUGAAAUUAGGUCCAAGAUAUAUCUUAGUAGAGAAUGAUGGAUGUUUGGCCGGUAUAAUUACUAGAAAGGAUAUGAUGAGAUAUGAACAUACCAUUCAUACAUUACACAGUACUGAUACUAGUCGAAUUAAAGAAGAAGAAUUUAAUGAUAAAGUAUGGAAAGUAAUGAAUGAUGUAACUAAUGAUCUCAAGAGAAAUAUUGGACGAUUACUACAUAAUGAUGAAAAUAGAUAUUUAUAGAUUAUCGGU